GCUCAGUUGGAACGUGCCAAGACAAUUCCUUCAAACGGGUGCUUCUAGUACUAAGCUAGUCCGUGUCUCCGUGAACGAUGGAAGGUGGCGUCCGGACGUCGUGGAUGAAAUAUGGGUCUGCAGUGUCAUUAUUUGUGGUACUUCUUGCCUAUUGGGUUCGCUUACCAAGCAAUGAAGUACUGGACGAGCGGCUGGACAUCGUGUUGUCGUCGCUGCUCCGUGCAGAGAGCAAAGUUGGAAUGAAUCAAGUCGCUCGACCGAAGGUGGCAAUUGGUUUCGGAGGCUGCGUGGACCUUCUCGUGGACGGUGUGUCGCUUCUCAACAAAAUCGGCCUGGCACCGGCCGACCAGCCCCUCCAUCAUGACUACAUCGAAAAUGCCGAACAGCUGUCUCAGAGCUUCGCCUACUUCUUUGCUCCGGGCGCUGCAGCAGAGCGCUUUGUCCUGAAUGAGACGCUCUUCAGCGAGCUGGUAGAAGCGUCCCGUGACUUGCCCGGAAACAGAUGGUCGGUAGGCGGCAACGCACCCGUCAUGGCUGGCCGCAUGGCCACAGAGGGAUGCGAUGUGUUGCUCGGGGGAAGCUUCAGCCCGGACUUCACUGACGUCCUAUCGCAACACAUCACCGUUGCAGGCAAUAUUGUAGAAGAGCCAGACAUUCAUCUCAUCUUGGAGUAUCCAUCUGGUGCCACGUGGGGGCAGUAUUCCUCACGUAGAGCCAACAGGUACAUUGUCCACAGUGAUGACCACAACCCUUACCUGGCAUCCAUGGAAGAGUUUACCAAGAAGCUCAAAGACUUUAAUCCUGACCUUCUGGUUGUGGGCGGCUUGCAAAUGAUGGACAAUUUUCCUUUCCAGUCAGGCGAGCGUGCCGCUCUGCUUUCCCGUCUCGCCGAAGUGCUGGCCACCUCCUCUCCCACGCUCGGUGUCCAUUUUGAGAUGGCAAGUUUUGUGGAGGAGAGCAUCAUGGAAGACUUGCUUCGAUAUGUCAUCCCUCAAGCAGACUCUUUAGGAAUGAAUGAACAGGAGCUUCCCAACCUGCUGAGCCUCCUCAAAGGCUCCACCAUCACAGUGCUGUCCGACCCGAACCCUCGCGUCGCCACCGUCCUGGACCAGAUGAGGGAGGUCUACCGCAUGGUCAACCAGCGCCACAAAGACGCCGCGGGUCAAGGCGACGACGCCCAGACGCGUGGCAAGCCCCUGACCCGCCUCCACGUGCACACCUUGGCAUUUCAAGCCAUGAUCGUGACCCGGGGCUCCCAGUGGAAGAACACCAUGUCGGCCACCGCCAAGGCUUCACUUACGGCCAACCGUCACGUGUGCGGCUCCGACCACAUCGACCCCAGCAAGGCCCGACUCAUCAUGGACGAUUCGUUCUCCGUCAGCCGGCGGGAGGGCAGCCAGCGCAUCCCCCUGAAGGAGAGCCGGCCCGUCAGUUGCUGGGAGGAGGACGACUACGAGAUCUGCGUGGCGCCCGUGCUCGUGUGCACCGAGGUCUACCAGACGGCGGGCGGGGGGGACAACAUCUCGGCCGCCGGCCUGGUGCUGCAGAUCUAAAACGCCUGCUGUCACGACAGACAAUGCGUAACUGAUAAAAAAAAAAAAAGACCUCACAAUGUUUUGUCAAAGGCUCGGGUUACUUUCAGGAAGAAAAAUGUGCGUCUUCAAGCCCUCUUUUAACAUUCACUUUUUUGGGUUUGAAGUUGGCAGCAAGAUGGACUAGUGGACAACUCACACUUCCUUCCACAUUCCAAAAAUGCGAAAAACUUGAAAAUGGUUCCAAUGGUCGGAAGGGAUCAUUGCUGACAUUUAAAGGGAAAGGCGACACCAAUACACCCACGCACAUAGGGAAAUUUGUUUCGUUACAAGGCAGUAUUUUCCCAUUGGGGCGUAUCGCAACCUGAAAAUUCUAUAAGUUGAGACGUUUUCAAGUAGAGGUACCAUUGUAGUAACGCCAUGAAAUUCUGUUUAUCAGCUUUAUUAAACAAGCUUCUAUCCGCUGGGUUGCACAUGAUAAAGGUGUUGUCUGUCCCUUUAAAUCUGCAAACUAAAGCUACUUUUUCAUCACAACUGAGGCAAAAGAAGCGUUUCCGUCCCAGCCUUGCGUAAGACCCUUACGUCACAGUCGUGCCUCUGGUGAUACUACCUCAGAGGGCGGAAAAUCGCCGUUGCUGUGGGUACACAACAGCGACGAGCUAAAAAGGUGUGAGAUGACAGCUUUUCCUAUUCGUAAAAGGGGCAUGUAGGGCAUUUGAUGAAAUUGAAUGGAUCCACUAUGCAGAAAAAAAUGUUUUUAAACUUACUGGCUGUAUUGAUGGCAAUAGGCAUCCAAUCGAGUUGGACUGGGAUGGUCAAAUGGAUUUAACAUCGCCGUCAUCGCCAUGAUUUAGGUUGAAAAAGAUGAUUAAUUAUUGUAAAGUUCAUUCCUAGUUAGUGCACCAGAUUUUACCCCAAUCGUCUCACACAACUAGCCGCUAGAUGAUCCCAUUAUAUGUGAAAGUAUGGCUUUUGAUUUUAAUUAAUCUGUAGAAGUUUGAAACCACUAUCAAAUGCUGGAUUUAUUGUUUUUUUAAACAUGCCUCUAAUUCUAUUCUCCAUGUUUAUAUUUGUGUGUAAAGACCAAAUGAGCGUUGAGGACCUCCUCCAAGAACAUUUGACUUCAAUUUUCUUUUUAAAUUAUGAGCAGAAAUCAUAAAUUCAUACUGGUAGAACUGUUUUCAAGCAUAUCUCAUUGUUCAUGUGCGGUCUGUAACUUAUGAAUGUUAACUUCUCCAUGCAUCAUCAAUUGUAAUUAAAUGCUGACGGCAAUCUUUUUUUUUUUUUUUU